GUUAAUUCAAACAUCCAGCAUGUUCAAAUUUACUGAAGAUAUUGCCCCACUGGACGAUGAAUUUUCAAUAGUAGCUUUGUCAAGUUCUUCACAAUCUUCAGCAUUUUUUGAUACUACAGAAAAUGAUUAUAUAAGAUUACAACACAGUAUAGAUUAUAGGGAUGUUAAAAUGCUUAGUGAGCAAAUAUUAGAUGGCAUUGUAGAUGAUCAGGAAAAUCGAGAAUUAGUUAACUUGAAUAGUUUUAUUCCUAAUGUUGUUAAUGCUGUAAAUAAACAGAAGCGAAUAAUAAGAGACAAGGUC